AUGUCUCGUACUGAAAAACUAUACGUCCUCUAUGGAUCUCAAAUGGGAAAUUCCGAAGGUGCUGCCAGGGAGUUUUGCAACUUGAUAAAAUCCACCUACAAUGACGACUUUUUUGCAAAACACAAGUUGCCCUCCUUGGAGGUGGAAACUACUUGCAUUCAGCUCGAUGAUUUCUUGGAAGUAAAGCAUGCGGAUUAUACCAAAUGUCUAGUGAUUUUUGUAUCCUCUUAUGGAGUUGGUCAAGCUCCCUUGGGCUCCUAUCGAUUCCGCGAUCUCUGUGACGAGUUCCUUACGAACGACGGAAGUAACACUAACAUUUUGACUGGCUUAAAGUAUGCCAUUUGCGGUCUUGGCGAUUCCAACUAUACCACCUUUCUCAAGAAUCCCACCACCAUUGAUCAAGGACUGCAAAAAGCUGGAGCCAAACGCCUUGGGGAAUUGGCCAAGUGCGAUGCUAGCGCCAUGGGAGAACAGGCCCAAGACAAGGUCAUUCAAAAAUGGUCCAAGGAUAUGUUGUUGCCACUGGCCAAGGCCCUGGCUGCUACAGAGGAGGUGGAUACUGCCAAAAUGCAAGCCGAAACAAUUCCACUCAUGGUCAAGCUAGAUCCCGACUAUACACCACCCAAUGCUGCCAGCAAGGGUGGUUCAGAUAUGUGUACCUAUAUUGGAAUUGGGGCUGUAGUCGUUGGAGGAUUGGCGAUUGUUGCCAGUCAAUACAUGUAG